GACAAGACAGAGCUACCUAGUCGACUUUCACCAGACCCCAUCUGCCCCACUUCAGAGACUUUCUCAUCCACACUCUGCCCAUCAUGUCGCUACGUAUGCUUCAUUUGGACGCGCUCCGAGACAAUGGAUCCCGCAACAGGCAGACGGAUGUGGAGAUGCAAGCCCCGACACAGCGAUACCCAUCCAGUCCCCUCGGUGGACCCUCUUCCGGAGCCGGAGCCCAUGAUGGAGCACUCUUUCGUACGGGUAACGCUUCAGCUGUCGGACCGGCUCCGCCACUCGAUGUUCCCGCAACCGACGCUGCUGCACCUGCACCUACUGCUGGUGGCGAGACUGCUACCCCGACCGCUAAUGCUCGCAGAGGUCGCUUUACAAGGGGCGCCAUCCAGUCGCGAAUCAGCGCCAUGAGGGAGAGAGGUACUACCAGAGAUCGAGAGAGGGAGGACAACUUCACACGAGCCUUCAAUCGUCUGCAGCUGGCACAGCAUAUGCAGGAUCUUGGUCUGACAAGUCCUGCUGCUCCACCAACUCCAAUAACGCCCCUCCGCGGUGGGGGCGCGACCUCGACGUCUGCCCUUAUAGCUGGCAGGAAAGACGCAAGGGCCAAGAAGGAGAGGGAAGAGGCGUCAACGCUUGUGGGGCCUAGCCUUUCCAAUUACUUUGGCAGCGGCAGCUCAUCAAGUGGGACGGUAGGCGGUAGCAGCUCGGCGCCGAAUGGUGCCUCCAAUUCGACCGCUGCACCUGCCAACGGCGAGGCGUCAAGUGCGGCAGGACCGCCCGAGACGCCCGGAUUUGGAAGCAGGGGCAUGGCACGCCUGGGGAGUCGUGGCAGAGCCAGAGGUGCGAGCCUGAGCGGUUUGAGCGCUCUUGGCCAGUACGGAGAAGCAUCAGACUCGCAGGCUUCGUUUGGUGAUCUACAGCAAGGACCGCUAUCGACGCACCUCGAGGCGCCUCCCACACAGCUGGAUGCUAUGACGGAAGCGGUGGCCAUGGCAGAAGGCAUCGACAUUGAAGUGCUGAAGCAAUGGAUCGAGAAGAGUCUGGAUAAUCUUGGAGCAGUUCAGAUCGAUGGAACGGGUGAAGAAGCGGUGGAAAAAGCCCUCAGUACACCUAGUCACUGCACGACUCUGCAGAGCUACGUGAACUUGAAGCGCAACACCAUUCGUCUUAUGACCUCGUCGAGCGAACCUAGUGGGGUGGCAUCGACAGCCGUAGGCUAUGGAACGUCGAUGUCCGUAGCUGUGGAGAGCUCGUCAGGUGGGCUUGUCAGUCACCCUCUCGAGCAGGCUGGAAAGGAUGGCGACGAAGCCUUCUCGUCCGCUAGAAGCAUGCCUAUCAUCCAGGAGUCGGGUCUUCGCCCUGCUCGAUCUUUAAGCAACAUGCCAGACUACGACUCGUCAGCCCUCGGAUCUUCCUCGAUGCUUGGUCCCGCGACACACCAGCUGCACUUCGAGUACGACUGCAGCGCACCAGCUGCCUCCAUUCAGAUUUUCCUCAGAGCCAGUAGGAAACAUGGCUCGUGGCAGGCGUGGUCGCAAAAGCAGGCAGAGGCUGGCUAUGACAAAGGUACAAAUUACGAGGACCCCGCUAGUAUGUCUCUGUAUCAGCAGAGGGGUCCAGCUCCACACGUCCUCGGCUGGCCUGUCCACUCUAGCAUGGUCAAGAGCGGCUUCGCUCAGCCCGUCAAGGCGUCUCUGUCGUUGAAGCUCUCGCUCUACGCUCCCCCCUCGGCUGCGACUGGCGAAGGUAAUAACAAUGGCGUUGCGGCUCCUGCAGUCGCAGCUUCGAGCAGCGCUGCGAAAGGAGAACCAGCUCCCUCAAGCUCGGCGCCACCAGCACAGGCCCAAUCUUUGGACACUGCAACCGCAGUGCCAGAAGAGGAGACCAAAGAGCAGAAAAUCGCCCGCGAAAAGGCCGAGCGUGAGACAUUAAAGCUCUCCAUUGUCAUCGAGGGCCUCAAUGAGUCUGGGCGACCCUAUGCUCAGCCCAACCUCCAAACAACGUACAUGCGCCUCAUUUCCCUACCUCUGCGAUCGUCCGCCCCGGGUUCGGAAGGAGCGACGCAGCAGGAGGUGAAGAGGACCUGGACAGCUCAAGUGGAGGGACAAGAGGCCGAAAUUGGCCCACACCGCUUCCAGCUGCAGGAGCUGUAUGGUCUCUCUUCCCGCCCUCCUCCUGUCAUCCCUGUGCAGACUGCCGAAGGAGCAGACGGCGAUCCUGCCGUUGCGGGCGAUGGUGGUGCAGCAGACCUACCCGCUGCCACUGGAGGCGACGAGACUUUCGCGUUGGACAUGGACGCCCUUGCUGACGGGUCCACCGGCUCCGAAUGUCUCAUCUGCCUUUCUGCACCCACCAACACACUCCUCCUCCCUUGCACACACGGUCUCUGCCUAGACUGCUCUGUGCAGCUCAAGGAUUCGGUCAAAGCCCAGCGCGACGCGGAACGCAAGAGGGGUAAAGUGCCAAAGAAGAAGUACAAUUGCCCAAUGUGUAGGAGAGGAUUCACUAGUAUGCUGCAUUUGAGAGUGGCGGGUGACGAGGAGGAGGAGGAAGGGGAGGGGGAGAAGAAGACGGUGGAGUCAUUGGAGGAGAUGAGCUGAGGUCGGGGUCCAGGAAAAGACUUAUUCGGUCUCAGGCACCGAUAGUCCCUUGUUUCAACUCGUCGUGGAUCCGGGGCAUUCAGAAGACUGCUAUGUAUCGUUCUAUU